AUGUCUUUCCAUCUGAACAUGGAAAUCAAUCCCAUUCAGGAGCGUGCAUUUGCACUUCCUGAGGCGCUGGCUUUGGAUGGCCAGGCAUUUGAGCUUGGGCGUGCUGGAGACCUGCAGGGUGCGGAACGAUUGCACCUGCAAGCCCUCGAGAUGAAGGAGCAGAGUCUGCCUCCCUCUCACACCUCCACUGCCAUAACUCUCAAUGCCUUGGGAGAGCUGUACUUGAAACGGCCGGUCCUCCGUUCAAGUUCGACCUAG